AUGAGGUUGCUUUAUAGUUUCUCAUUGUUGCUAUUCCUUGCCAUUGUUCUUUUACAAUACACGUCAACAACAACCGCAUCACCUAUACCGACAACGACUACCACUACUACUACAGCAACAAACAACAUUAGCAAGCGUGGUCCUCAAGAUGAUGUUUCUGUAAAAUGGAAUCAUCCCCAUGGAUGUCCAUCAUCCGAUGAUAAAGAUAAACGCGAUCUUGCUGCUCGAGGCGGUAGUAGUGAUGACGAGGAUGAGGAUUGCCCAACAACAACAACAUCAUCAUCAUCCACGCAUUCACCUACAGCAACAGCGACAUCUUCUCCAGAUCAUGGCUACCCUCCAUCCGAUGAUCCAAAGGAUAUCUAUGGUGCUGGUUAUGUAACCCCACAAAUGGGUGUGGCCGGUGCAUUCUUGAUCAUCUUGGGUGUAUACUUGAUGAUUUUUGGUUUCCGAGGUUUCCGACCCACUUUGGCAGUAUCCGGUUUCCUCACCUUUGGCCUCAUCACGUGGGUGGGCAUGACAAAUAGUCAACCUCCUGAAGGAUUUACCAAUGAUGCCAUCACCAUGUUAGCCGUACCUGCUGGUUUGGGUGUAUUGGGUGCCAUCCUGUACGCUCUUUUUUGGGAUGUUACCAUUUAUCUCAUUGGAGGUAUGGGUGGUCUCGCUUUUGGCUUGUUUGUUCUUUGUUGGCGUGAAGAUCUUGUCAUCACAUCGAACGUGCCACGUGCCUGUUUCCUUGUUGCCAUUUCCUUGUUUGUGGCGGCUGUCACAUUCUUUGUUGAACGCUACGUGAUCCUGUUUGCUACCGCAUUUACAGGUGCAUUCAGCUUCAUUGUCGGUGUUGAUUUCUUGGCGCAUACCAACUACAUUGCUGGUCUCAAAUCCAUCUUGGAUCAAAACAAGCUACACAGGGUCGAAUAUCAUAUUGAAACCAAGACCUAUGUAAUGAUGGCAAUGAUCAUUCUACUCUUUCUUAUCUCGUUUGGUUGGCAAUUCGUGUAUAACAAAGGUCGCUCGUUUGGCGUCAACUCAGCUCCAGCUCCACCUGCAGGUGAAAAAGGUGGGGAAGGUGGUGGUGGAGGAGACCCACCUAGCGAAGGUGGAGAAGCUGGCAGCGGUGGUGGCAGCGAAAAGAAGGAAGAAUAG